UAGCUUAGUUCCUGACAGUUGUUAGCCUACUGUCUGACAGUUAUUAGCUUAUUUUCUGACAGUUGUUAGCUUAGUUCCUGACAGUUGUUAGCCUAGUUCCUGACAGUUAUUAGCCUAGUUCUUGGCUGGCCUUAGCUUAGUUCCUGACAGUUGCUACCCUAGUUCCUGACUGAUAUUAGCUUAUUUCCUGACAGUUGUUAGCCUAGUUCCUAACAGUUGUUAGCCUAGUUCCUGACUGGCCUUAGCUUAGUUCCUGACGGUUGUGAGCCUAGUUCCUGAUAGUUGUUAGCUUAUUUCCUGACAGUUGUUAGCUUAGUUCCUGACAGUUGUUAGCUUAGUUCCUGACAGUUGUUAGCCUACUUCCUGACAGUUAUUAGCUUAUUUUCUGACAGUUGUUAGCUUAUUUCCUGACAGUUGUUAGCUUAGUUCUUGACAGUUGUUAGCUUAGUUCUUGACAGUUGUUAGCCUAGUUCCUGACUGUCCUUAGCUUAGUUCCUGACAGUUGUUAGCUUAUUUCCUGACAGUUGUUAGCUUAGUUCUUGACAGUUGUUAGUCUACUUCCUGACUGUCAUUUGUCUAGUCAUUACCCUUGUUCCUGAUAGUUGUUAGCCCAGUUCCUGACAGUUGUUAGCCUAGUUCCUGACUGUCCUUAGCUUAAUUGUUGACAGUUGUUAGCUUAUUUCCUGACAGUUGUUAGCUUAUUUCCUGACAGUUGUUAGCUUAGUUCUUGACAGUUGUUAGUCUACUUCCUGACUGUCAUUUGUCUAGUCAUUACCCUUGUUCCUGAUAGUUGUUAGCCCAGUUCUUGACAGUUGUUAGCCUACUUUCUGACUGUCAUUUGUCAUUACCCUUGUUCCUGAUAGUUGUUAGCCUGGCUUAUAUUAGAUAGAAGUGUUCAGCGAAAGCUAAUACAUUGCUAUGCUUUAUCCUAGCUUUGCAUACCUACUAGCAUGCUGUUGGCCUCUUUGUCUAGUUGAAGCCUGCCUAGUCUUCCUGCUUCUAAUGCAAACUGCUUUGACCCCUCUCCUUUCUGCUGUGCCUGAAGUGUCAAAUGUAUCGUCACUGAUGCCCACUCUGGUCUUUGCUGCUUCUCUUCCUGAGUGGGAAGGUGUGCUCUCCCCACUUCAGACUUUGGCAAUAGGAAUAUGGAGACACAAGGAGCUCCCAGAACAGAGCCAUAAUAUCAAAUAUAAGUUAUUACAUGCAAAUAAUAAAUUCUCUGUGAUGAGGUUGGUCCUGACUGACUUAGUUUUGAGUUAAUAAAAAUGUUUAUUAAUGGUUUCACCUCACAUUAGUCUGCUUUGUUCUUUUUCUACUAAGCUUGAUCCUUGUGACUAUUUCUGCCCUGACAGCUGCUCUGUCUGUGGUUAAUAUGUUUUCUAUCUAAGAGACAAAAUUAGGUUCGCAAAACCGAACUGAGCCAUAAAAAAAGACCCCUCUGCUCACACACGUUUCAUUUCAGUUUGAGGUUCCAACAGUCGACAUGGAGGCCCCCGCUCUCUUCAUCAGCCUGUGGCUCCUCAUGUUGUUCCCACUGUGCACACAUGUUCAGACACUUGAUUCGGUGUUUCUUCGUGUUGAACCGUACAGACUGCAGUUCUUUGAAUACGAGUCUGUAACCUUCCAGUGUGAGGCCUCCAAUGACACAACAGGAUUAAAAACUGUCCAUCAGACUGAAAGGAAAUUCUUUUCAUGUAACACUAAAACUACGACAAAAUCAACAGUGUCGUCCUGCACUGUUCAAAGUGUUUAUCAUGAAGACAGUGGAGAGUACUGGUGUGAGUCUGGAGGAGGGAAGAGAAGCAACAGCAUCAAUAUCACUGUAACUGCUGGUUCUGUGAUCCUGGAGAGUCCUGUCCUCCCUGUGACGGAGGGAGAGGCUGUGACUCUGCGCUGCAGGAACAAGACGACAUCAACCAACCCCUCAGCUGAGUUCUACAAAGACGGGAUCCUCAUCAGAAACAGCUCUACAGGAGAGAUGACCAUCCAUAGUACUUGUAAGUGUGAUAAAGGACUCUACAAGUGUAGGAACUCUGGAGGUGAAGAAUCAGCUGAGAGUUGGCUAAAGGUCAAAGUAGCAGGAAAUUCAACAUUUUCAGGAGAUCCUGCACCGACAUGUCCCUCCAAUUCAGUCCUGAUCGUUUUCAGUGUUUUGUUGGCGCUGCUGUGUGUGGUUGGAUUACUUCACCUUGGCAAAGGUUAUUGGCACAGAGUAUCGCUCAACCUACCCAUACCUCCAUUUCCCUCGUCUGAGAGUCCAACAGUCCCUGUAGAGGCCAGAGUACCUGAUACAGCCAGGGACCUGUAUGCUGUGGUCCCGAAAAGCAGGGAGCUGAAAGCAGAUAACCGUGGCUUAUCAUCUGGAGCCCUUUACUACACUUUGGACGACACAACUGAUACUCAACAACAGGAGCCAGGAGUAUCCAACACCACAGCGACAGCAGGUUACUCAUCAGGUACCAGCCGACCUUUAACACAGGACUCCUUCUACUCCAUCAUCCAGCAGGUUGAGGAGUGACUUCUGACUGAAGCAUGGCUGGAAAAAAGAUGCUCCAUUUUUACCAAGUUUACAAAAGAGCUUUUAUAUCAGUGAAAAUUGACAAGUGACACAUUAAACCUCAGCUGUUGUAAUGAAAAUGUAAAUUAUGGCUAAAGUAGGCGGUCUUUUGGCCCUCUUCCUGUUUUCAUUGCAGUCAAGUGUUUAUUGAAUUUGUAAAAUGUCUUUGAAUUAAUAAAUGUACUUCGAGUGUU